AAACUUCUAAUUAAGAUCCGGUAAAACAAAGCUAAAUUUCUCUCGUUAAAGUUUCUUGGGAAAGAAAAGAAAAGAAAAAAUAAAAGGGAGAAGAGAAAGGAAAGGAAUUGUUUUCUGAAAAUGAUUCUUGCGAUGUUGUUCGCAAAUUCUGAAGGCAACAUCUUAGUUGAACGGUUUAAUGGAGUUCCAGCUGAGGAACGACUGCAUUGGCGGUCUUUCUUAGUUAAAUUGGGAGCAGAUAAUCUUAAAGGUGUCAAAAAUGAAGAGCUCCUUGUUGCUAGCCACAAGUCAGUCUAUAUUGUUUAUACAGUGCUUGGUGAUGUAAGCAUCUUUGUUGUGGGCAAGGACGAGUAUGAUGAACUUGCUUUGGCAGAAGUCAUAUUUUCUAUAACCUCAGCUGUGAAGGAUGUAUGUGGAAAGAUUCCAACUGAACGCCUUUUCCUGGAUAAGUAUGGAAAAAUAUGCUUGUGCUUGGAUGAAAUAGUUUGGAAGGGACUGCUGGAGAAUACUGAGAGGGACAGAAUCAGGCGACUCAUAAGGCUAAAACCUCCAACGGAGUUCUAAAUUCAAAGCUCUAUCCCAUCAUCAAUUUAUUUGAAGACAGUGACGGUAUUGCUCAGUUAGCAAUAUUAUUCUGACAGCUAGGCUUUGUAAAUCUCCUGUUGUUGGGCUUUGGAGUGAGAGUUAUAUAAUUUUUUCAAACCUCAGUUAUUCGCUUAUGUUGUAUUUUCUGGUAGGAGGGUUUGAAAUUUGUUGGAUCAAUAUUUUCAAAUUGAUUGUAUCUUAUUAAAUUUUU